CGGGCGCCGCCGCCACCUGGACAGCUCUGAAACGCGGUUGCGAGCACAUCUGUGAUUUGACGAUAGGCUCGCCUUCUUUGUCGCUCCUUCACUUCACUUUGCGUUUCGCCAAUCCCACAACGAUACUAACCCCUCCACUCCAUCCUCCACCGCAUCCCCCUCGCGAACAUGGGCAAACCGCGGAUGAUCAUCCUGGUGCGCCAUGCACAGUCGGAAGGAAACAAGAACCGCGACAUCCACCAGUUCAUCCCCGACCACCGCGUGAAGCUCACGCAGCUGGGCUGGAGCCAGGCCGAAGAGGCAGGCCGGCAGCUUCGCUCUCUCCUCAAACCAGACGACACAAUCCAGUUCUUCACCUCCCCAUACCGACGUACACGAGAGACCACCGAGGGCAUCCUGCGAACACUCACCUCCGACGAGCCCUCGCCUUCGCCCUUCCCACGCAACAAGAUCACCGUCUUUGAGGAGCCGCGUCUUCGCGAGCAGGACUUUGGCAACUUCCAGCCAUGUUCGGCCGAGAUGGAGCGCAUGUGGCAGGAGCGAGCCGACUACGGCCACUUCUUCUACCGCAUUCCCAAUGGAGAAAGCGCGGCCGACGCCUACGACCGUGUGAGCGGCUUCAAUGAGAGCAUGUGGCGACAGUUCAGCGAGCCUGACUUCCCGAGCGUGUGCGUGCUGGUCACCCACGGUUUGAUGACGAGAGUCUUUCUGAUGAAGUGGUACCACUGGUCUGUCGAAUACUUUGAGGAUCUGCGCAACGUCAACCACUGCGAGUUUAUCGUCAUGAAGCAGAGCCCCACCAAUGGCAAAUUCAUCCUGGAGAACGAGCUCCGAACAUGGUCCGACCUUAAGAAGCGUGCGGCCGCUGGAGACAAGGACAAGGGAACCAGUGCCACACCCACUUCGUCCAGACCAACUCCCUUGACAGGAACGUCGGGAAACGCGACGUCCUCCCCAGUGGUUCCCAUCCGCCGCUGGGGAGGCUGCGCGAACGGCUGUAACCACGACAAGAUGAGCUGGCCGAAGCGAGUAAUGCGCAAGAACACCGCCGAGUUCCUGGGCAACCAGCCCGUGGCACCCCUUGCCCACGUUGCUCACGUCGACGGCGAAAAGGAUGACAAUCCCAUUGCUUCCCAGGAGGGCGACCACACCCCAGCCAUCAAGGAGCCCACGCCCCAGAAGCCCACGCGCAAGGCUAGCACAAAGGCCGCUCCGGGCCCGUCCUUGCCGUUGACCCCGGCAUCGCCCAACGACGCAUCUGACGACGGGUCCAGCGAGGAUGAGCAAGUCAUGAGCAGCGAGCAGGAAGACUCUGGUCCUGUUGCACCACGCAGACACCAUGCUGCGCCGAGGACCGGUGCGAUCCUGCGUCAUUUGCAACCGCCCAGUGUUGGUGAAGGCUUCUCGGACGAUUCGGACUACUUCCCUGGCAUGCAACACCUCCACGUCCAUCACAACGCUGCGCGACGCGCGCAAAGGGAAAAGAGCAAGGAGCGCAAAGCCGCUCGCAAGCAAGAGAAGGCUUGGAUGCAGGAAUCUGGUAUGUACUCCGGAGCGCGCGCUGAUGGGCUGGGCGAUGGUGACGAACUCAGCGAUGUCGGCUCGGCCUCCUACGUGAAGAUCGUGUCCCCGACCACGAUGGAAGGCGGAGAGAACAUGCCGAUUCUCAAGGAAGCACUCAAGGGCGACAUGCCCGUGGAUAAAAGCGCAGAGGAGGAGAAUCGAGCGGAAGACGACAAAGAAGUCGCCGAGAAGAAGAUCCACGAAGAAGAUGUCGAGAAGUUGAAAGAGGCUGACAGGAAGACCCUGAGCGAGGUGUACUAGCCGUGAUAUGCUGUACAAACUGCCUUUAAUGACUAUACGGGUGUAAUGUUAACGAAACAGAAACAAUCUAUCCGCAGGAAUUAGAUAGAGUAUAUGCAGCAUUUCAAAGUAUAAAGUGGG